AUGAAGGAUGGCUCGUUGGUGUUAUCCGAUGGAUCAGGCGGAAGGCAGACAAAAUGUAUUGACCUGUCCAAUACGAUCGCGAAGUUAGAUUCGACUGCCUCCGACAUUGUCGCUCAGCAGCGCGAUGCCCUCGUUCAAAGGAAGGAUCUCGCCCAGAAGACGAAGGAUUUCCGAAAGCUGGAUGACGCGACCAAGCUGGCGGAAUUCAAGGGCCUGUUGAAAGCGUACCAAAGCUUUAUCGACGUCUUGACGAACCAGGGGAAAGCCUCUUCCAACGCUUUCCUACAGCUAUACUCUUCCUUGUCAGAGGCCCCUGACCCUUAUCCGCUCCUUGAGGCAUCCGUCGACUCCCUCGUUCAUUCCGAAGAAACCGUACCGAAAUUAACCUCCGAACGGAACCAACUACAGAGCAACGUGGACCGCCUUACCUCUCAAUUAGAUGAUGCUGAAAAGCGACUCGAAGAAGAACGGACCGCAAGAAAGAAGUUGGAGGAUAACCAGGAAUCAAAGAUCAAAGAGAUUGAGUCUUCUUGGUCAGCCGUUUUGUCGGAGAAAUCGAACAAUUGGACCGCCAAGGAGAAGAGCUUGGAAGAGAAGGUAGAGAACCAAGAACGCUUGAUCAAGGAACUCAAAGCGAGCUAUGAGGUCUCACAACGGCUGGGCCAAGAAGAGAGUAGUGGUGAUGGCCACCAACAAGGAGGGGCUACCGCUGCGGAACUGGAGCUGGUGUCAGCCGAUCUCGAAAAGACUAGUAUUAGGCUGGCAGAAGUAGAGGCAAGGAAUGAGCAAUUGAGACUUGAGCUGGCUCAAGUUGUCUCGCAUUCGCAGCCAGAGCAGACAACAUCCGUUGAAGAAGACCCCGCAUACCUUCGCCUUCAAUCGGAGAACUCUUCCCUAUUACGCAAGUUGGAUGCAGCACGUUUUGACAGAGAGUCUGAACGGCAUUCUUGGGAGGCCAAGAUAUCGCAAUCCGAGAGGCAUGGCGCCAAAGUUGCCGCUGAGAGAGAUGAGUUACGAACGAGGUUGGACAAGGUCGCGGAUUAUGAAGAUAUCCGCCGCGAGCUGGAGAUGAUAAAAUCUAUCGAAUUUUCUGCCGGUGACGAUGAUGAUGCCCGAGACUCCACGGAUGAUGCCGCGAUCGCCGCCAAUGGCACCUCCAAGGCUGGUGCAAAGAACAGUUUAGAGCAGCUUCUGAUGUCUAGAAACAAGAAGCUCACGGACGAACUCACCAUUUUACGGGUAUCACACCGGGACCUCCAGGGCCAACUCGAGACUCUGCGUGAAGACCUGUCGACGACUAAGGAGGAGCUUGAAAAGUCCCAGAAACUCUCUACUACUCUUGAGAAUGAUCUCCUUCGGGUGCAGGAAGAGGCAGCGAAUGCCUUCCCAUCAUCUGCGAUGUCCGUUGCAGGCACGUACACAUCAAGGCACCCCUACUCCUCUCGCCGGGGAGGUACGUCGCCGACAUCAUCAAUCAUCUCGGGCUUUGACCACUCUUCUGGGUCUUCCAACACCAUGGAUGCCAUUCGAGCAGGAGAACCUGUUGGGGGUGGCUCAGGCUUAUUGCCGAUGAUCCAGGCACAGCGAGACCGGUUUAAGAAGAAGAAUGCGGAGUUGGAGGAGGAGCUCUCAAAAAUGUACAACUCAGUAAAGUCGCUUCGGCAGGAAGUUUCUUCUCUUCAGAAGGAUAAUCUCAGUCUGUAUGAAAAGACUCGGUAUGUAUCAACAUACAACCGUGGCCAGGGGGGCUCCUCCUCUGCAAGUGCCUACGGGAACAAGCCGAGCGCAUUCUCUGUCCAUCUGUCUGCGGACACACCAUCGGGACUCUCACUUGAUCGCUACCAAUCUGCCUACGAGGCCCAGAUUUCGCCGUUUGCUGCUUUCAAGGGCCGGGAAUCUGUACGGGCAUAUAAACGCAUGAGCCUCCCUGAGCGGGUUGUCUUCUCUCUUACCCGAAUAAUCCUGGCUAAUCGGACUAGCCGGAACCUAUUCGCCGGGUAUUGCUUCGCCAUCCAUAUUCUUCUGUUCGCUAUGUUAUACAUGAUGAGCACGAUGGAAAUUGAGAAGCACAGCGCAAGCUUAGGUGCUGCUGCUGUGGCUGGUGGAGCUGGCAACAUCCAUAGUAGCGGCCAGCAAUUAAACGGGGACGACUGGCAACAAGAGGGAUUCCAUAAUGGCAGAUAG